AUGUGAUGUCUGACUGCUUUUUGGUUUGAAUUUUCAAAAUGGCGGUGUGUUUGGUGUGUUUGCCAAGUUUGUAAUGUUACUGCAGUUUUCUAUUUAUUUAUUUAUGUAUUUAUUUAUUUUUCCGCUUGAAAUAAUAUACAGUAGUGACCGACUCAAUCGACUACCUGGAUGAUUACUUGGAUUACUCUUCCAUUCUUUGACCAACUGGAAGGACAGCACUAUGCUGAGGACAUCCAUGAGAAGCUGACACGCCAGGAUUAAUCAGACGAGGCUCUUGAAUACACAUCAUCACCCACCGCAACAAAGGAAAAAAGACUGAGCGCGUGCGGAAGCCCUGCCGAGUGAUGCCAGCGCAGUGAGCGGCGGCACCAUGCGGGUCACGUGGUCAGGCGUCGCGCCCUUCGUCAUCGCCACCCUCCUCGGGCUCGCCCGGUCCCAGUCGCAGGAGGGACCCUUCGUUCCAGACGCCGGGGAGCGGGACGGGGCCAGCGGGGGGGUCACGCCGGCCCCCACCUCCGAACACGAGGACGACAACUCCCUGGGCUACACAGGAUCGCGUCUGCGCCAGGAGGACUCCCCUCCCCGGAUCGUGGAGCACCCCUCCGACCUGAUCGUGUCCAAGGGGGAGCCGGCCACCCUCAACUGCAAGGCGGAGGGGCGCCCCACCCCCACCGUGGAGUGGUACAAGGACGGCGAGCGGGUGGAGACGGACCGGGACAACCCCCGGUCCCAGCGCAUGCUCCUCCCCAGCGGCUCCCUCUUCUUCCUGCGCAUCGUCCACGGGAGGCGGAGCAAGCCGGACGAGGGCAGCUACGUCUGCGUCGCCCGCAACUACCUGGGGGAGGCGGUCAGCCACAACGCGUCGCUGGAAGUAGCCAUUCUCCGUGACGACUUCAGGCAGAACCCGUCGGACGUGAUGGUGGCGGCGGGGGAGCCGGCGGUGAUGGAGUGCCAGCCCCCCCGCGGGCACCCCGAGCCCACCAUCUCCUGGAAGAAGGACAGCGCCAACAUCGACGACCGGGACGAGCGAAUCACGAUCCGCGGCGGGAAGCUGAUGAUCACCAACGCCCGGAAGAGCGACGCGGGGAAGUACGUGUGCGUGGGGACCAACAUGGUGGGCGAGCGGGAGAGCGAGAUCGCCGAGCUGACGGUGCUGGAGCGGCCCAGCUUUGUGAAGAGGCCCAGCAGUCAGGUGGUGCUGGUGGAGGAGAGCGUGGAGUUCAGGUGUGAGGCUCGGGGUGACCCGGUCCCCACCGUGCGCUGGAAGAAGGAGGACGGGGAUCUGCCCAAGGGGAGGUACGAGAUCCGGGAGGACCACACACUGAAGGUGCGGCGCGUGACGUCGGCCGACGUGGGCACCUACACCUGCGUGGCGGAGAACAUGGUGGGCAAGGCCGAGGCGUCUGCCACCCUCACCGUACGCGAGCCCCCCGCGUUUGUGGUGCGCCCCCGAAAUCAGGUGGUGGCUGUGGGACGCACGGUCACCUUCCAGUGCGGGGCUACAGGAAACCCCCAACCUGCCAUAUUCUGGCAGAGAGAGGGCAGCCUGAGCCUGCUAUUUUCCAACCAGCCGCCCCAGCCGUCCAGCCGCUUCUCCGUCUCCCAGACGGGCGACCUCACCAUCACCGACGUGGAGCACGCGGACGUGGGCUACUACAGCUGCCAGGCCCUCAACAUCGCGGGCAGCGUCAUCACCAAGGCCCUGCUGGAGGUCACCGACGUGGUGUCAGACCGCCCGCCGCCAGUGGUCCGGCAGGGCCCGACCAACCAGACCGUUUCCGUGGACGGGACCGUGGUCCUGAGUUGCCUAGCGACCGGGAACCCCGCCCCCACCAUCCUGUGGAGGAAGGAUGGGGUGCUGGUGUCCACCCACGACUCCCGAAUCAAGCAGCUGGACGCGGGUGGACUGCAGAUCCGCUACGCCAAGCUGGGAGACACAGGCAUGUACACCUGCAUCGCCUCCACCCCCAGCGGUGAGGCGUCGUGGAAGGCCUACCUGGAGGUGCAAGAAUUCGGAGUUCCGGUGCAGCCCGCCAGACCCACUGACCCCAACCUGAUCCCCAGCGCCCCGUCCAAGCCCGAGGUGGCCGAGGUCACCCGCACCUCCGUCACCCUGUCCUGGAAGCCCAACCUUAACGCCGGGGCCACGCCCACCUCCUACGUCAUCGAGGCCUUCAGCCACGCCUCGGGGAGCAGCUGGCAGACGCUGGCGGAGCACGUGAAGACGGAGACCUUCGUCCUGAAGGGCUUGAAGCCCAGCGCGGUCUACCUCUUCCUGGUGCGCGCUGCCAACGCCUACGGCCUGAGCGACCCCAGCCCCAUCACCGACGCCGUCAAGACGCAAGGUAACCCCCCCCCCCCCCCCAUCGCGCCACCCCUCACCUACCUCACCCGCCCAUACCAUAUCCCCAGGGCUGCAGGCAGCCGGGAGGGGGACGUGGACCACCUGCAGACCAGCUGGUUUGUAACUUCUGCUUUUGCGUGUUGUGCUCUACCCUGCCACCAGGUGGAGCAGCAGUCCCAGUACAUCCAGGGCUACAAGGUGAUGUACCGCUCGUCUCCAGAGGGGGGGCAGCAGCCCCGGGGGGAGUGGGGCGUUUUCGAGGUCCGCACCCCGGGGGAGGACAGCGCCGUGGUGCCCCAGCUGAAGAAGGGGGUGACCUACGAGUUCAAGGUGCGCCCCUUCUUCAACGAGUUCCAGGGCACCGACAGCGAGGUGAAGAUCGCCAAGACCCUGGAGGAAGCCCCCAGCGCUGCCCCCCGUGGGGUUACCGUGACGAAGAGCGAUGACAACGGGACGGCUAUCCUGGUCUCCUGGCAACCGCCUCCCGAGGAGGAGCAGAACGGCGUGGUGCAGGAGUACAAGAUCUGGUGUCUGGGGAACGAGAGCCGUUACCACGUCAACCGCACGGUGGACGGCUCCACCUUCUCCGUCCUGAUCCCCAGCCUCUCCCCGGGGGUCCGCUACAGCGUGGAGGUGGCGGCCAGCACCGGCGCCGGCCCGGGGGUCAAGAGCGAGGUCACCUUCUUCCAGCUGGACUCGUCGGGGCGGAUGAUGGAGAGCGGGCAGCCCGAGGAGAACACGCUGUCCCAGCAGAUCUCGGACGUGGUGAAGCAGCCUGCCUUCAUCGCGGGCAUCGGCGCGGCCUGCUGGAUCAUCCUCAUGGUGUUCAGCGUCUGGCUGUACCGCCACCGCAAGAAGAGGAGCGGCCUCAGCAGCAGCUACGCCGGCAUCCGCAAGGGUGAGGGUCGGAGGUCAAGGGUCGCGAGGUCACGUUGGUCUGUGUGCAUGUGUCCCGAGGAGAACACGCUGUCCCAGCAGAUCUCGGACGUGGUGAAGCAGCCUGCCUUCAUCGCGGGCAUCGGCGCGGCCUGCUGGAUCAUCCUCAUGGUGUUCAGCGUCUGGCUGUACCGCCACCGCAAGAAGAGGAGCGGCCUCAGCAGCAGCUACGCCGGCAUCCGCAAGGUUCCCUCCUUUACCUUCACCCCAACAGUGUCCUAUCAGAGAGGGGGGGAGGCUGUAAGCAGUGCUGGGAGGCCGGGACUGCUGAACAUCGGGGAGGCGACCAAUCAGCAGUGGCUGGCCGACACCUGGCCCAACGCCUGCUCCAAUCACAACGACUGCAGCAUCAACUGCUGCACCGCCAGCAACGGGAACAGCGACAGCAACCUGGCCACCUACAGCCGGCCCGCCGACUGCAUCGCCAACUACAACAACCAGCUGGAGAACAAGCAGACCAACCUGAUGGUGCCGGAGUCUGGCGUGUACGGCGACGUGGACCUCUCCAACAAGAUCAACGAGAUGAAGACCUUCAACAGCCCCAACCUGAAGGACGGGCGUUUCGUCAGCCCCGGGGGGCAGCCCACCCCCUACGCCACCACCCAGCUCAUCCAGUCCAGCAUCAUGAGCAACAACAUCAACAGCGGGGUGGCCGGGGGGGGAGGGGGCAGGGGGUGCGGGGGAGGCAGCGGAGGGGGCGUUAGCAGCGUUGGCGGCAGCGGCGGCGGCGGCGUCGGGGACCUCAACGAGAAGCACUGCUGGAAGCCGGCCCCAGCCCCGCAGCAGAAGCAACAGGAAGUGACAUCACAGCUGCAGUACAACAUCAUGGAGCAGAACAAGUUGAACAAGGAGCACUACAGAGGCGGAGACUGCCCCCUGCCCGCCACAAUCCCCUACAGCCAGGCCCACGAGCUCAGCACCGGGGGGUCCUACAACAGCUCCGACCGAGGCAGCAGCAGCACGUCUGGGAGCCAGGGACCGAAGAAAGGUGGCCGAACCCCCAAACUGGCCAAGCAGAGCACAAUGAACUGGGCCAACCUGCUGCCCCCUCCCCCCGCCAACCCCCCUCCCUGCAGAACCACGGAGGAGUACUCCUUAGCUAUGGAUGAGAGCUACGAUGCGGACAUGCAGUGCCCCAUGCCGCCGUCGCGGAUGUACCUGCAGCCGGGCGAGCUGGAGGAAGAGGAGGAAGAGGAGGAGAUGGAGAGGGGCCCCACCCCGCCCGUCCGCGGGGCGGCCUCCUCCCCGGCCGCCGUGUCCUACAGCCACCAGUCCACGGCCACGCUCACGCCCUCGCCCCAGGAGGAGAUGCAGCCCAUGCUCCAGGACAGCCCUGACAACCUGGGCCCCGCCCCUCACGACCGCAGACGUCACACCGUGAGCCCCCCGCCCCCCCCACGGCCCCUGUCCCCGACCCACACGUACGGCUACAUCUCCAGCCCCCUGGCGCUGGACACCGACGGGAUGGAGGAAGAGGAGGAUGAGGAGGAGGAAGGGGACGAGACGGACGCGGAGGUGGCCCAGGCGCACCGCCACCGCCACCACCCUCACCACCCGCACCACCCGCACCACACCCACCCGCACCCGCACCCCCACCCCCACCAGCAGCAGCAGCAGCUGCACCCCCGGCGCCUCCUCCUGCGGGGGCUGGAGCAGACCCCGGCCUCCAGCAUGGGCGACCUGGAGAGCUCCGUCACGGGCUCCAUGAUCAACGGCUGGGGCUCCGCCUCCGAGGAGGACAACGCCUCCUCCGGCCGCUCCAGCGCGGUCAGCUCCUCCGACGGCUCCUUCUUCACCGACGCCGACUUCGCCCAGGCCGUGGCCGCCGCCGCCGAGUACGCCGGCCUCAAGGUCGCCAAGCACCCCGGCCACCCGCCCGAGCUGCCGGGGGCAACGGGAGCCCGGAAGUACCACAUGGCCCCUGCGGGCCACCGUCCCUCCAGCCCCGUGUCCACCGACAGCAACAUGAGCGCCGCCGUCAUGCAGAAACGCCCCCCCAAAAAACAGAAGCAGCACCCCGCCCAGCCGGGCCCCCCCGCUCACCAGCGCCGCGAAGCCUACCCGGAAGACCUCCCCCCACCACCCAUCCCACCGCCGGCAGUGCUGAAGUCCCCCUCCCACCCCGCCAAACUGGCGCAGGAGGGGGGGCGGGGCGUGAUCUCCCCGAAGAUGGGCUGCGGGGGGGAGUCGCGCGGCGGAGAGGGCCGGGGGGACCGGCGGGCCGGGGCGGGGGGGUGCCGGCCCCGCGAGGGAUCGGACCCACGCACCAGCUCCUCGGAACGGCGGGAGGCCCAGGACCGCCACAAGACCCCCCGCGGCGGCAAGGGCAGCAAGCAGGAGGGCAGCGGCAAGACCCGCCAACACCCAGGUUCGGAGGACAUCCUGCCCUACAGUCGCCCCUCCUUCCCAGGGGUGCAGCAGAGCCCCCGGGAGCGGGACCCCAGCUCCUCCAGCUCCAUGUCCUCCAGGGGCUCGGGCGGGCGGCGGCGGGGCGAGGGGGGCCCGCCGGGGGGGCGCCGAAACCCCUCUGACGUCGGCCUCAGCACCCUGGCCUUCCAGCCUGGAGAGGAGGACCUGGAGCUUGUAGAGAGCUGAGGACCAGGCUAGGUGAAAAGGAGUGUUAUCAAGGCCUUGCCAGGAGAGGAACAUGAAAGCUCUCCAGAUUUUUAAGCAUCACAGUAUCAGACCGUCAUAUUUUGCUGACAAUUAUGUAAAUUGUGUUUCUUUACAUCGGGGGGGCGAAAAAACUGACCAAUAAUUGUUUUUUAGUUUUUUUAUUUAUCGUUUUCUAUGUCCAUUUAAUGAAACGAAAGGAAGAUGAAAAAAAGACAGGUACAUUCAAUGCAAAUUCAGUAGUGCUAUUUAAUCUUUCAUUUAAACGCAAUGUGGAAGUUACUCAAGCUAUUGUUUUGGCUCAGCUUGCCCUAGCAAAAACUCACAAAAGCCCUUACAGUCAGGUGUUACUGUAAUAAAAUUAGCUACAAGCAGAUGGGGUGGACUGUCUUGUAAAUAUAUAUAUAUAAUUUUUUUUUUCUUUAAUAACCCGCUGUGGUACAUAAAAUUUGUCUUCCUUGUCUGUUUUUAAUGAUUAUUAUUUUAUGAAACCAGUAAUUUUAAUUAUUUUGUUGUCUCCAUCCAUGUUGUAAAUUGUUAAAUCAUUUGACUGCCCCAAGAAAGUGCCACUUUGGGAUUUUUUUUAUUUGCAAUUUUUUUUUUUUGUUUUUUUUUUUUUUUUUGUAAUGCACUGUUAUAUUUUUGUUGUCUUUGUCAAUGUUUGUUGUUAUUUGUUUUUUACAUUGGUUUGAAAGCACAAUCACUAAACUUUAUUUUAAACCAUUUUUAUCUAUUAACCUUUUUGUCUUACGGGAGAAAUACAGGUACGACAAAAGAGUCUCGUUAAUCAUAAUGAUGUAGGUGAAGGUGAUAAGCUGUUUACGGUCGGAAAGUGUUUUUUUGUUUUUGACAGGUGUGAAACUGUGGCGGCUCCUGUGCGCAACAGUCAGAUUAAUCUGCUCCCGAUUUUCUCCAGGGACCGGUGGUCGUUCCGGUUCAAGCUAUAGACAUAACGGAAGUUCAGAACUGUAGCGUAUUUCAGUUAAAAAGUGAUCUGUGAAAGUGUGGUGCGGGGCAGGUGUUGGAGUGGUUUUGUGCUGGUGCACUCAGAAGGACAAUGGCGAGCGGGACGUGGAUGCCACCUCAAGAAGCCGCACCCUGGCCUGACCUGGAGCCGGACGUGUCUUCCCCCCCCGCCCUCGCCCCUGCUGUAGGGCAUCUCAUCUUGGGACCGUGUGGUGGAAGCAGGGGGACAGGAGGGGACGUGAAAGCACCCGGAGCUGCUGCAUAUUCGUUGGACUUUCUGCAAAACCUUUUUUUUUUUUUUUUUCCCUAUUCCUUUCCCCACAAACAAAAACAAAAUGCAAAAAAUAAGCAAAAGCAUAGAAAAAAAGGAGAAUCCGACCACGCGACGCCCGUCCUUCCCCCCCCCCCUGGGGUCCGAGCGGCUUCCUGGCGGCCCGUAUCAGGAAGAGCCACACUUCACGCUCUAAGACAAAAAAAAAAAAAAAAAAGGAACACAAAAACUAGAGGUGCUGGGCUCGAUCCGGGUUCCGGCGCCAGGACGGGUGUGUGUGGGUGUGUGUGUGUGAUUGGCCAGCCCGAUUCGAGCGUCAUCAGCGUGCGCCGACCUUUGUGCCGUUUAUUUUUUUUUUUGUUGUUGUUCUGCGGUUGCAUUGCGGCUGAGCAAACCGGCCGCGCUGGCUAAGGGAAAUUAGCGUCGUUGUUCUUCAUUUUGAUUUUCUCCAUGUUAAAAAGGCUACUUCUUUAUUGUUAGCCCAAUGCAUUUACAUACUGAGGAUCACGUAAUCCGAAAAAAAAAAAAAAACGUCAUUUUUUUCACAUUAUUUAUUAAAAAUGUCCUUAAAUACCA